UGCGCCGCCCUAUAUAUUGGAUAAUAUCCUAUAAAUAUGUAUGCAUGCAUUUCUCGUACUCAAAAAAACCCAUUUCAGCUUCAAUAUGGAGUUCAGUUGUCAUCUCCUGCCUAUCCUUGCCUUGCUAUGCACUCUGCUGCUAGUGGGAAGCCAUGCAUCUCUAUCUCCUAUGCUCUAUUGGGAGUCGGUGUUGCCAAACGUCCCAUUACCUAAAACUCUACAAGAACUUCUCUUGCAGCCUGAAAACAAAGGCAAUUCUCCGAAUGGGUUUCCAUACGCUACUGUCCCUUCACUGCGAGCAGAUGGCGGCACUAGAAUUACAUCUACUGGUCCAAAAGUAUAUAGUCGAAAAGUAUAUAGUCGAAAAGUAUAUAGUCGAAAAGUAUAUGGUAGAAAAGGAUAUAGUCGAAAAGUAUAUCCUGGUCGACCAAUAUAUGGUAAAGAACAAGCACAAGAUGACAUAUCAAAAUAUAACUCCAGUGCUACUAUAUUCUUCUUGUAUAAUAAUCUCCGUGCUGGCAACUCUUUCAGUCUCAUUUUCACUGAUCUUGAUAAUGAAACUAGUUUCUUGCCUCGUCAAGUUGCCGACUCCAUCCCUUUCUCAAGCGACAAGUUACCAGAGAUUCUGAAUCGUUUUUCAAUAAACGACACAUCAAUAGAAGCCAACUAUAUAGAACAGACACUUCAAGAAUGUGAGGCACCAAUAAUGAAUGGGGAAGAUAAAUAUUGUGCUACGUCUUUAGAAUCAUUUGUUGAUUUUGGGGUAGCAAGGCUUGGAAAAAAGGUUCUGGUUCUUUCGAAUGAGGGAGAAGAGAAGAACAAGGAGCAAAAUUAUAGGGUUUUAAAUGGAAUCAAAAUGCUGGGAGAAGAACAGAUUGUAUGUCAUAAAGAGAAAUACGCAUAUGUUGUGUUUUAUUGCCAUACAUUGAAAGCCACAGAGGUUUAUAUGGUUCCCUUAUUGGGUGCUAAUGGCAGAAAAGCUAAGGCAUUAGUUAUUUGCCACAAAGAUACAUCAGCUUGGGAUCCAAAUCACAUUGCCUUUCAACUUCUAAAAGUUAAGCCAGGAGGACCAUCAAUUUGCCACUUCCUUUACAGUGAUACCUUCGUCUGGGUCCGGAGCUAAGUUUCCAAGCAAAUGGCUUAUUAUUGCACGUAUUUUCUAUGUAUUUGCAAAAUAAAUUUGAGUAGAUUUGUUUGUAAACCAAACAUGUCUACAUAAUCAAAUAUGUCUAAAUAACUAUUUUGUGUGGUAUAGAAUUUUCUGCAAUGAAAAAUACUACUCUUUGUAUCAAAA